UUGUUCGCAGAUAAAGAGAAUAGCAGCAGUUUUACAUAUAUAUUUUUUUGGUUCCAGGUUCUCAGAGCAGAGAACGUCCGUCAGGCUGUGACGUCAGUGGAGACACAGACCGGUUUGACUUCAGUCCUGAAUGUUUACGUGAGAUCGUUCAGCUGAUCUGCAGCUACACAGACACAUGAGAGGAUGAAUGGAUGAAUCCAGAUUCAUUCCACGGAUCCAACAUGCGGUGGAUUGGAGCCGGGUGCAGACGGAGCCUGGAACCUGCUGCUCCGUUCAGUUCGUGGAUGUAACUGAUCGACGAUCUCCUUCCUCUGUCUGUUCUCCUCCACGUGGCCUCGGUUCACUUCUCUCUCUCCGUCAGUCUGUUGGUUUCCAUUCGUCGUGCGUCUGGAAUGAGACUGAAGAAAAGGAGUGAAAAAGAAAAAUAGGAAGAAAAAGCAGAAGAAGGAGAAGAAAAAGAAGAAGAGGAGCAGAAGCGUCAGGAGGACAAAGGUCACUGACAUCAGCCUGUGAUUGACAGCUGUCAUUCACCUGUCCGAACCAAUCAGGAGUCAGGAAACAACCUUCACCAUGGAGGAGUGAGACAAAGGACCAGCGCCCAUGAUGGCUUCCAUCCGAGGACAAACAGGAAGUCUGAACCUUCUGCACUUCCUGUUAGGUGUGUUCCUGGUUCAUCCUGAAGGGGGCGUCUGUCUGGAGCUUCAGCCGUCAAUCUCUGAAGUUCUGCUGGACUCACACACCAACUUCACUGUGGUGUGCUCCGGCUGGAGUCAGGUGACAUGGCGGUUCCCUCAGGACUCUCCGCUAGACGAGGUUGUCGUGGAGAGUCGCGGGUCCAGCAGCGUCCUGCAGCUUGUCAACGUUACCUGGAGGAAUUCUGGGAGAUACACCUGUGAGGAGAUGUCGUCCCAUCAGUGCAGAGAUGUAGACAUCUUCAUACCUGGACGAGGUCCGGAUGAAUGGUUUGUCCCGUUGGGUCCAGGUGUGGUGAUGAAGGAGACGGAGGACGCUACCAUCCCCUGCGUGGUGUCAGACCCCAAGCUCAACGUCUCGCUGUUCGAACGCCCCGGCAGGAUGCCAGUUAGCAGGGUGACGUACGAGCCGGGUCGCGGUUUCACGGGUCGUCUGAACGACACGUCGUACGUGUGCCUGGCCGCCCGCGGAGGCGAGGAGCGGGAGUCCCAGGUGUACUACGUCUUCAGCAUCGUAGUCCCUCAAGUGAUGGAGGUGGACCUGUCUGUGUCUAGCAGUGUGUUGAGACAGGGGGAGGUUCUCACUGUGAACUGCACCGUCACAGAAACUCAGAGGGUUUUCUUCUCCUGGGACUUCCCCCGCAGACAGGAAGUCGAGCCGCUCAACGACUUUCUGCCCAAUCAGAUCCGUUCCUUCAUUAACAUCUCCAUGGCGACAGUGGCAGACACUGGUGUGUAUGUGUGUGCAGUGCAGGACACGAUGGAGGGAAGAACUGUGACGAAAAACAUCACAGUGACAGUACUGGAUCAAGGUUACGUCUACCUGUGGCCUUCAGGUGAGACCAACGUGUCGUCUCUCGUCCAUCACACGGUGGAGUUCAGCGUGGAGGUCGACGCCCAUCCCGCCCCCACCAUCACCUGGACCAGAGACAACCAAACUGCUGCCAUGGAAACCACCUCCGUCACCACCACUCGCCUGAUGGGAAGCAGGUAUUUAAGCAAACUGACGCUGGUUCGAGUCCAGAUGCAUCAGACAGGAAGUUACACAGCAACUGCUUCUAACGACGACGCCGUCGAGGAGCUCGUCUUUGUCCUUGAGGUCAAAGCACCCCCCAGGAUCACGUCCCUGUCAGAGGUCGGCAGUAAGUCAGUGUUGUGUGUCAGCGAGGGAGCUCCACCCCCCUCUGUCACCUGGUACACCUGUCAAAACACACACAGGUGCAGUAACGUGACGGGCAGCUGGAGGAGCCUAUCGGCAGCCUCAAGGGGCGUGACCCUGCAGGAGAACGUUACUGAGGUGAAGGAGAGAGGCGUCACCCAGGUGCGCAGUGUGUUGACUCUACAGGCUCUCACCUCUUUGUCAGCUGUUCGCUGUGAAGUGAAGAAUUCUGCAGGACGACGAGCGAGAGACCUGCGAGUACUGUCCCCCUCUCUCCUGUCUCAGGUUGCAGUACUAGCAGCAGUUCUGGUUUUGGUCGUCAUUGCCAUCUUCUUCCUCAUCGUCCUCAUCAUCCUCUGGAGAAAGAAACCUCGUUAUGAGUCUCGCUGGAAGGUGAUUGAGUCGGUGAGUCCUGAUGGACAGCAGUACACCUACCUCGACCCCGCCCACCUGCCCUACAACUCCACCUGGGAAAUACCACGAGACAGCGUAGUACUAGGUCAGGUGCUGGGUUCAGGUGCCUUCGGUCGUGUCGUUGAAGCGAACGUUUCCGGUCUGAUUCAUUCGCAUUCUACAACUAAAGUAUUUGUGAAGAUGGUCAAACCGAGCAGCGGGGCGGUUCAGUCUCUGAUGUCGGAUUUGAAGGUUUUGGUUCAUCUCGGUCCUCACCUGAAUGUCGUCAACCUGCUGGGAGCCUGCACCAGAGGAGGACCUGUCUAUCUGAUCACCGAGUGCUGUCGCCAUGGAGACCUGGUGAACUACCUGCAGAGGAACAAACACACCUUCCUGCAGAGUGACCCACACACCAAGAGCGACAGUGACGGAGGCUACAUGGACAUGAGUAAAGAGGAGGCUGCUCAGUACGUCGCCAUGAAGGAGCUCAGCUGCGCCGACAUCGAACCUGCAUUGUACGAGACGCCGUGCACACCGGCAGACCAGCAGGAGGCGUCAUCUCUCCUCCUCAGCGACUCCCCUCUCCUCAACCUCCGUGACCUCCUCAGCUUCUCCUACCAGAUCUCUCAGGCCAUGGACUUCCUUUCCUCCAGAAACUGCGUCCACAGAGACCUGGCAGCGAGGAACGUCCUGGUCUGUGAAGGAAAGCUGGUGAAGGUCUGUGACUUUGGUUUGGCCCGGGACCUGAUGAAGGACCAGGACUACAUCGCCAGAGGAAACAGCUUCCUGCCGCUCAAGUGGAUGUCACCAGAGAGCAUCGUCCAGAGCAUCUACAGCGCUCAGAGCGACGUCUGGUCCUACGGAGUCUUACUGUGGGAGAUCUUCUCUCUGGGUGGGAGUCCGUACCCCGACCUCCCCAUGACCCAAGAGUUUUACUCUGCUCUGAAGAACGGAUACAGGAUGAGUCGACCUGAGCACGCUCCACACAACAUCUUUGAGCUGAUGACACAGUGCUGGGAGGCGGAGCCUCAUUCCAGACCUACCUUCUCUUCGCUCGUCGUCUCGGUGGGAAACUUGUUCACUGACGAACACAACGAGCGUUACCUGCAGCUGACAGAGAACUUCCUGAAAGGUGAAAAUCCAGCUGUUGUUCGAUCCAGACUGAGUUUAUCCAGAGCUGCUGAGGAUCAGACAGACACAUCACACGAAAGCCCUGCCGCUCAGGUGAAACGUCUGCCAUCAGAGGCGGGGUCAGAGGAGGCAGGUCCCUCCCAAGGUACUUACAUCAUCCCCAUCUCUGACAUCACCAUAGAAACGAGCAGUGACACUGCGCUGGACGCAGACGGCCUUCACCUUUCAGGUGCACCUGGACCACAGGAAGUGAUGUCACCAGAGGGUAAACAGGAAGCUGUGGAGCCUCCUGCUCCAUCCAGCAGCCGAAAGGAAGAGGAGAGCUGCCUGUGAAGCGUCUCGACGCCUGGCAGACAGAGCAGAGGGUGAAAUAAAAGUGACAUCAUCAUGCAGACGAACUUAGGGGUUGUGUCCCCUCAGUGUUGACUGUAAGGCUGUUUUUUCUUUAUGAUUUUAUAUGUAAACAUACGACACUUGACGGCAGCAGGUCCUGGAUCCGAUCUGAACCUUUAUUACUCUUCAUUUAUUCAGUAUCUGUUUAGUCAAACUUUAUUAAACAUUUAAAUAAACAAA